AAUCAAAAAAUUAUGUCUGCAAUUGGAAUAGAUUUAGGUACGACUUAUUCGUGUGUGGGAGUGUGGCAGCAUGGUAAUGUUGAUAUUAUUGCCAAUGAACAAGGUAACAGAACGACGCCUUCAUAUGUAGCGUUCACCGACACUGAGCGCCUCAUUGGUGAUGCCGCUAAAAACCAGGUAGCUCUCAAUCCUAGUAAUACCAUAUUUGACGCCAAACGCCUCAUAGGAAGGAAGUUUGACGAUCCUAAGAUUCAGCAAGAUCUUAAACAUUGGCCUUUUAAAGUAAUAAAUGAUAGUGGCAAGCCUAAAAUCGAAGUUAAGUAUAAAGGCAAAACUAGGCGAUUCGCUCCGGAAGAGAUAAGCAGCAUGGUCUUGAGUAAAAUGAAAGAAAUUGCUGCAGCAUAUCUAGGAACCUCUAUAAUGAAGGCUGUGAUUACAGUGCCUGCUUAUUUCAAUGAUUCGCAGAGACAGGCUACUAAAGACGCUGGUUCUAUUGCUGGUCUUAAUGUUCUCCGUAUUAUAAAUGAACCUACUGCAGCGGCUCUGGCUUAUGGCUUAGACAAAAAUUUAAGAGGCGAGAGAAAUGUUUUAAUUUUCGACCUUGGUGGCGGCACAUUUGAUGUUUCUAUUUUAACUAUUGAUGAAGGAUCACUUUUUGAAGUAAAGGCAACAGCAGGAGACACUCACCUUGGAGGAGAAGACUUCGAUAGCCGUCUUGUUAAUUUUCUUGCUGAUGAAUUUAAAAGAAAACACAAAAAAGAUCUCUCUACUAAUUCCAAAGCUCUUCGUCGUCUAAGGACAGCCGCCGAAAGAGCGAAGCGUACUCUUUCUUCUAGUACAGAAGCUAAUAUAGAAAUAGACGCUUUAUAUGAGGGGAUAGAUUUCUUUUCCAGGGUAUCUAGAGCACGAUUUGAAGAGCUAAACUCUGAUCUAUUUCGAAUAACACUACAACCAGUAGAAAAAGCUUUAAACGAUGCUAAACUAGAUAAGAGUUCUAUAAAUGACAUCGUACUAGUCGGAGGAUCGACGCGUAUACCUAAAAUUCAAUCUCUAUUGCAAAGUUUUUUUAAUGGUAAAAAGCUUAAUUUGUCUAUAAAUCCCGAUGAAGCUGUCGCAUAUGGAGCAGCAGUACAAGCUGCUAUAUUGAGCGGUGAACGUCAUUCAAAGAUUCAGGAUGUCUUACUCGUUGAUGUCACUCCAUUGUCUCUAGGUAUUGAAACUGCCGGUGGAGUCAUGACAAACAUUGUUGAACGUAACGCGAAGAUCCCUUGCAAGCAUUCACAAAGGUUCACGACUUACUCUGAUAAUCAACCAGCAGUUACAAUUCAAGUCUACGAAGGAGAAAGAGCUAUGACUAAGGAUAACAAUUUAUUAGGAACAUUUGAUUUGACAGGUAUUCCUUUAGCUCCACGUGGUGUGCCACAGAUUGACGUGUCUUUUGAUUUGGACGCUAACGGUAUUCUUAACGUAUCUGCUAAAGAAGUAAGCACUGGAAAAAGUAAGAAUAUUGUAAUAAAGAAUGAUAAAGGUCGUUUAACUCAGGAUGAAAUUAAGCGCAUGGUUGCUGAUGCGGACAGGUUCAAAGAAGAAGAUAUGAUACAAAAAAAUCGUGUUGCAGCCCGAAAUAAAUUAGAAACUUAUGUUAUUGGCGUCAAACAAGUCAUUGACGAAGCUGGUUCUAAACUUACUGAUGCAGAGAGCUCAAUGGUUCGACGCGUAUGUGAAGAGACUAUACGUUGGCUCGAAAGGAACUCGUUAGCGGAGAAAGACGAGUAUGAUAACAAAUAUAAAGAAGUUUCUGCAAUAUGUGUUCCAAUUAUAAAGAAAUUACACGGCGUUGGUUCAGAAACCCGCCAGGAUACUGGGCGUGACGGACCAGUUAUCGAAGAAGUUGACUAAAUUUAAUUAGUAAUAAUUUCUUUUUGUUUUGUUUAUCUAAUAAAUAUUAGUUUUUCAAUA